AUGGCGAGACCUCAACACAAGUACAGAGGAGUCCGGCAGCGCCAUUGGGGCUCUUGGGUCUCUGAGAUUCGCCACCCUUUAUUGAAGACAAGGAUAUGGCUGGGAACUUUUGAAACGGCUGAAGACGCCGCUCGAGCUUACGACGAAGCAGCCAGAAUAAUGUGUUGCCCUAAUAAUCUCUCCUCCAAUCACAAUGCGCCACCUCAGUACUCCUCGUCCGCAUCGACGUUGGGGCCGGUGUCGAAGCUUCUCACUCCGACUUUGAUCGAUAAAUUGGAGAAAUGUCGAAUGGCUUCCUUCCAAAUGGCCAAAAAGAAACUCCCCACCAAAACGCACCUAUCCGACCGGAGUCGCCGUCCGGCGGCGAAACUCGACGGCGGAGGAGUUCAAUCGCCGGAGACUCAGGAGUUUCACCGGCUUGAAGACGACCACGUAGAGCAAAUGAUACAAGAGUUGCUUGAUCUUGGCUCCUUUCACUUUUGCCCUAAUAAUAAUAUUGCUUCUUCA